AAAAAUAUGUAUAUGAAAACGGAAAAAUAGGAGGAGUCGAUAUUGUAUUUAAUACCUUUUAGUUUUUUUAAGUUCCUUAAGUUUGAAAUACCGAUAAUUUACAGUACAGUGUGGUGUAUUACAUCUAUAUAACAACUACGAAAUAAGUUGCUAUGGGGUUUGAUGAAGGAAGUAUAAUUUUAAAUAGUGAAAAUGAAACUUAUUUUGCGGGGCAGACUAUUUUUGGCAAAUUGGUGUUCGAGCAAGACAAGGUCAAAACAUUUAGGGGUAUAUACGUUAAAAUGAAGGGAUUUUGCGAAGUACACUGGACUACAUCUUACACAGAAGAGCGAAACAACCGCCGGCAUACACGGACAGAAAAUCACAAUUCUUACGAAGAAUAUUUUAGCAGAAAAGUGUUUUUACUUGGCGGAGAAAGUGGUGAAUAUCACCUACAGCCUGGUAAACACGAGCUACCUUUCGACUGCCCCAUCCCUGGUAACUGCCCAUCAUCUUUUGAGGGUCAAUAUGGUCAUGUGCGAUAUGAGAUCAAAGUUGUAGUGGACCGAGCAUUCAAGUUGGAUCAAGAGAAGAUACGGCGAAUAAGGGUUAUUGCUCCAUUGGAUCUGAACCAUGAUCCAUACUGUAAGGAACCAAUGCAGUUUGAUAUAGAGGACAGCUACUGCUGCUGCUGCAUGGGCAGCGGUUCCAGUGCCACGGUGGCCAAGCUACCAGCAUCCGGCUACUGUCCCGGACAGACCAUACCUGUAGAGUUAAGCUGCUCCAAUCAGGGCCGAGUUGAAAUAGAACGAAUACUACUGACUAUACAAAAGAGGAUCACAUACCAUGCUGUGAAUGUCCCCGGCACAAAGCAUGAGGAGUCAAUGGUGAUGGAGGUGAAGAAAGGUCCCAUUCCUGGAAACAACACUCGGAGCUGGAUGGUGGAUAUGGAGGUGCCUGCUAUGGAUAUCUACAACAUGGGACCUUGUAGAUUUAUUGAUAUAGAAUACGAUUUUAUGGUAACAGUGAUCCCCGAAGGUUGUCAUAACAAGACUGAAGAUAGAAGGUCAAUUAGAAUCGGCACAGUACCUCUCAUGGGGUACCAGGACAACAUCCCCAACCCUCUGCAGGACCAGAUACCACACAUGCCCAUUAUGAACCAACCACCACCUACCGUCCGUCCAUUCACAAACGCCUAUCCAAAUCAAAACUCAGCUUAUCCUUCGCAAAGCUCACCUUAUCCUCCUCAAAACACACCAUAUCCUACUCAAACUUCACCUUAUCCCCCUCAAAACACACCUUAUCCUACUCAUACUUCACCUUAUCCUACUCAAACUUCAUCUUAUCCCCCUCAAAACUCACCUUAUCCUUCACAAAACACACCUCAAUCAAAUCCACCUUAUCCAGGUAUGAACCAACCUUAUCCAGUUUCACCCGGUCAAAACCCACCAUAUCCAGUUGUUUCUCACACUCAAAAUGCACCAAAUCCGGGCAAUUAUCCUCAUAGUUCCCCCAGAGUAUCCCCUUAUCCGGAAAGAGCCACCAGCCAAGUGCUAAAGACAGGAACAAUUGGAUUUGCUGUACCAAAUGUUCCCGUUCCAUCUCUACCUCCAGGAACAAAUGUGCCAUAUCCUUUAACUCCUCCGAACAACCCAUAUGCAACAGCAAGCGCGCCCGAACCGAACACACCCGAUGAUGAUCAAAAAUCACCUUUAGUUCCAAAGGAGCAAGCGAUGCCCUACACACCGUACAAUCCUGAAUACAUGGACAAAAUGGAAGAGAAAAAAUAAUGCUUUUAAAACAUGGGAAACUAAAAAUUGGUCACAAUUAAAACCGAGUUAGUAAGUACAAUAAAGACGAUACAAUACAUAAGAAAAGACUAGCAUAUUUUUUAUAAAACGAAAUAUUUAUCAAAAUUUAUUAUUAUAUACAAUUAUGAAUCUCGUUUUUACAAUACUUAUCUAUGUAAUUGUUAAAUACUUAUAAUACUCGAAUUUAUGUAACUCAAUAUACUUACAAUAUAGAAGCGCGCGCCUUUACUAAACUAUCGCAAAACUGUUUAGUCACACUUUGAUUCCUAUGAGGUUAUAUGGAGCAUACUCGAUUUUUAGU